CACAAAUUUCUACUAUACAAACGUCACAUUUUCUCUACCAUUUGCACAUCCCAAACUUGUUCCAACUAGAAGCUUUCUAAAACAAGCCAACCAAAACUCCAAUGGCUUUCACACAACUGAUCGAUGAAGAUGAUCACCAAGAGCUAAGUCAAGAUACAAAAGAGUUCUUAACCACUCUCCCCAAGAACAAAGGCUGGAGAACUAGACAUCUCUAUCUGUUCCAAGGCUUUUGGUGCCAAGCCAAGGAGAUUCAGGCCAUUUUAUCAUUCCAACAACAUUUUAGAGCCCAGGCCAAUGAUAUAAUCGUUGCUAGCAUUCCCAAAACAGGCACAACAUGGCUAAAAGCCCUCACUUUCUCCGUCGUAAACCGAAACUUGCUUAGCCUUGGAGAGAAGCAUCCUUUGCUUACCUCGAAUCCUCAUGAUCUUGUUCCGUUUCUUGAGUACAAUCUUUAUGCUAACAACAAUAUUCCCGCUGUUUCUGAUUCUACUUCUCCUCGUCUGAUGGCCACUCACGUGCCAUUUCAGGCAUUACCCGACUCCAUCAGGAUGGAAUCGGGUAAUGCCAGGGUUGUGUACAUCAGUCGCAACCCUUUUGAUACUUUUAUCUCUAUUUGGCAUUUUAUGUCCAAACUUAGGCCCGAGGAACUCGGGCCAUUUUCCUUCAAAGAGGCCUUUGACACGUACUGCAAAGGUGUAAUCGGGUACGGGCCGUAUUGGGAGCACAUGCUGGGGUACUGGAAGGAGAGCCUGGAGAAUCCUGACAAGGUCUUGUUCUUAAAGUACGAAGAGAUGAAAGAAAACAUAACGGUUCACUUGAAGAGGUUGGCCGAGUUCUUGGGCUGUCCUUUUAGUGCAGAGGAAGAGAAGGCAGGGGUGAUCGAGGAGGUAGCUAAGCUCUGUAGUUUCGAAAAUCUGAAAGAACUGGAUGUGAACAAAAAUGGAAAAAGUAUUGCCAACUUUGAAAAUAAGCACUUGUUUAGGACGGCAAAGGUGGGGGGCUGGAGAAAUCAUUUUACUCCAUCCAUGGUUGAGCAGCUUUCGACGUUGAUGGAACAGAAGCUAGCGGGUUCUGGCCUGUCAUUUAAUAUUUAAGGUUUAGUUUCAGUCAUGAAAUAAAUAGUUGCAAGGUUUUAAUGAUUUACAUAAAAAAAACCUUUGCAACUGAAUAAUGUAGUUAUGAUGUUUGAGUAUGUUCAAUCAUGUACUAUGUUUGGUUUGAGUAUUAAUUCUGUUAUGAAAAUGUCUGGUUGCAGACUUGCAGUGUUUUCUCUAUGAUGUAUACAUAUAUCAAAAGUUGUGCAACUAUUUUAAGUUCUGAUGUU